AUGGAGCAGAUCAGUGUCACAGCUGUACUAAACGAUCCCGCGUUCUUCCGUGAGCUCAAAACACGAUACAAGAAGCAUCGAAGCUGGAUCAAACGACUCAUUUCACCAUUUCGCUUCCGAUUCUGUAGAUUUGUCAAACUGGAAAAGUUCGACACUGGACGUGUCUUGUCCCAAGGCGACGACCUCCCCGACUACCCUGCUGUUAAAGACGACUACGAAUAUGAUCCAAGACCAGGCACCAUUCCCAUGAUUUCGCCCAAAACAUUCGCAGUCUGCCUCAAAGCCUGCGACAUGAACUGCAAAUGGCCAUGGAUCAACCCAUGGCAUGACUGUAAGAAGAGCGAGUUCGACAUACAGUCCGACGACGCUAUCGCUGUUGCUUGGGGACUGGAGGCCGAUCACGCAAUCUCCUUCGCUUUCAUGGCAGUCUAUCACCUCGUGCCAUUACUUGCCGCAUUCGGCUUCUGGAUCUAUUGGCUGAUCAAGUUCCCUGGUGACUGGCAAAACGCUGCAGUACCAGUGCUGACUGUAUUGGCAAUUUUUGCAGUAUUGUGGGUGCCUUUUGGCAAACAUCUUGGAAUAGUCUAG